AUGCUGAAUACAUCGAGCAAUAAGAAUAAGAAGCAAGUUAUAGCGUAUCGUAUUAAUAACUGGUCAAGUUAUGAAUCCGAUUUUCACCCUAAUAACAUUCUGGAGGACAGACCACAUGACCAAUCCUCGCGGUGGCUAUCGCGCUCAUGUAAUCCACCCCAGUUUCUUUUAUUGAAAUUGACAUCACCCGCUAUUGUUCAAGAAUUAAUUGUUGGAAAAUUCGAAAAGCCUCAUGUAUCUGACCUAAAACGAUUUAAAGUUCUAGGUGGUAUAGAUGAAGAUAACUUAAUGGAACUGCUAGAUAGUGGCUUGAGAGAUGAUGAUCGAAAUCUUGAAAUCUUCAAUAUUAAGCAUAAAAUUAAUGAUGUGAUGUUUCCGUGUCAAUUUAUAAAAAUAGUUCCUAUACAAACAAGGAGUCCAAACUUUGGCUUCAGUAUUUGGUAUAUACAGUUACGAGGGAUAAAGGAUGCUGAAAAAGUGACCGACUGUAUCCAGAAAGUUGCAAGGUUUAAGGAGACUGAAGCGAUUAGGCUAUGCCUAAAGUAUUUUCGUCAGCACGACUUCAUGGAAGCAUUUUCAUCGUUACAAAAGAAUACAAAUGUUGUUCUCGAAGAUCCUCUUUUGACGAAAUUAUACCUGGAGUUAGUGAAACAGGGCAACUUCGAAAGCUGUGAAAACAUCAUAAUGGAAGCUUUGCAUGAAGAUUUAUUUGAAGGUUAUGUUAAAAAUCAAGACUUGAAACCCUACUGGACAUUGUUAACACCACCAAGUGAAGGUUACAGCUAUCAUCACCAAAGACCUGGCAUGAGAGGUGGACAUCAAAUGUGUCUUGAUUUUACGAGGGGAACAAUUUAUGUAUUUGGCGGUUGGGACGGUACUCAUGAUAUCGGUGAUCUUUGGGCCUAUAACAUUCAUGAUAACAAAUGGAAAUUGCUCUCAGCUAAUGUUCAUAAAGAUGGAGGCCCAUGUAACCGUUCCUGCCAUAAAAUGAUCAUAGAUCGUAACAAGCAACGUUUAUACGUAUUAGGUCGUUACGUAGAAGUUAAAUCAAAAACUAAUAUGCAGAUUGAUUUGAAGAACGAUUUCUAUUAUUUUGACAUUGCAAGUAACAAAUGGAUAUUGAUAAGUGCGGAUACUGAAGCUGAUGGAGGACCUUCAUUGAUUUAUGACCAUCAGAUGUGCCUUGAUCAUGAAAACGAGCGCAUAUAUAUCUUUGGAGGCCAAUUCCUAAAAGUCUUAGGAAACUGUCGGUCAACUUCGGUCCGAAAUAUCGAUGAUGAGACACCACUUGAAAGAGGAUUUAGUGGCUUUUAUUUAUACGAUCUUCGGAAAAACCACUGGACAAAAAUUUGCAACGAUUGCGAUGGCUUUAAGUCGAGUAAGUCUGGAAUACCGUCCAGGACAGGUCACGUGAUGGUAUUUGAUGAUUUAAAGAGAAAACUAUAUAUAUUUGGUGGCCAAAAAGGGGCAUACGUAUUCAGUGACUUCUAUGUUUACGAUACGGAAUUGCAAGAGUUUUCUAUGGUUUAUGAUAAAUUUGGUAGAGCAGCAGUUCCCGCUUCGGGAUUUACGCAACGUGCCACUAUUGACUCGGUUCUUGGAGAAAUCUAUGUUUUCUCGGGAUGUAAAAAGGACAAUAACCGGAAAGGUGAAAAUGUUUGUAACUCAGUAUGGGUGUUUGAUCUGAGCUCAUGUCAUUGGUCAUGCGUUUAUCAAAAUGAUAAUAACACUGAGAAUUAUUGGAAUCAAAUGCAGUACUUGGAACCACGUCCUCGAUACGCACAUCAGCUUGUCUAUAAUCCUAUAAAAAAGACUCAUUACAUGUUUGGAGGAAAUCCUGGUAAAUCGCUCUCCAGUCAACCUCGAUUAGAUGACUUUUGGCGGUUACAGUUGAUACGGACAACUGGAAAAACCGUAGCAAGACGGUGCUUUUGGCUACUAAGAAAGCAGAGAUACAUGGAACUUACAACUCAAGAUUCCGUAAAAGCACUUCAAUACUUGCAGGCAAACUUGGGAGACGUUAUUGACCAUAAUAGCCAAGACGAAAGUGAAGAGUUCCAACACCUAGCGUCUUUACUUUUCGAUGGUAUAUCUUCCAAAUCCGCAGAACCUACUAAGCACUAUUUCAAUGACCGUCUAAAACUUUUCAAUACAAUCGUAUCCUUUUUUCCGGAGAAAAUGACGCCUCCUAAAAGUGACCUUACGGAUCUGAUUCCUUUUUAAUAAUGCUAGCUGAUUGACUGUACUACUGUAUAUAGAUGAGUUCGCGGGUGAAUGAAUUUGUAACGAUUUUAU